AUGUUUCGAACAUUUCGAACCAGCAACAGUCCCUGUGACAUUCUCUACACUACUGAAGAAUGCUUCGGUACAACGUUCAUUCUGACUUUCUCUUGUUGUGCAAUGUUGGCCGUUCAAAUAGCUCUAAGCAUUGACAGGUAAAACUGCCUAUUGAAAAACAUUGUCUGAGUUUUUAGAGUCAUAUCUCUUCUAGCGCCAAAAUUCUUUGAAACACACAUUGUCGUCCCAUGUUUCAUUCUCACCCUUCUCACGGUUUUUCAUAUUGGUUUUUUAAAAAUAUUUUUAGAAUUCAGGUUGUCAUCAGCAUUUCGAUUCCGAUUACCUUAUUUGACGAGAACGCAGCCCCUGAAACAGUUCCGAAUUGUUUCUACAAUCCACUCUAUAUGAAAGAACCUCUGCAUAAGAUUCUCGCCUACUGUACCAUGGCGAUAAUACUUUGUAUUCUGAUCAAUAUUUCUGUCAUUGUCAUGAAUAUGCAGUUGGAGAGAAGGUUUUGAAGCUCUAAAAAUUUGCUGGUCGCAUGGAGAACGGUUCAACGCGUUGCGCUUCAAGCUGAAACCCUUAAUUGAAGCCAUUGCGCGUUGAUUCCUUCUCUUCGCCAUAACCUUCUUGGACACCAUUGUCUUUAAAAAAAUUUUUAAAGAAAGAUCAUAUUUCAGAAUAAGAUACGAUAUAACCAUCCGUUAUCGGCAACGAGAAGCGUUACUUACAAGCCAAUUCGUGUGUUGGAUAUCGAUUGUUUUGUUCGUCGCUUACUGUAUUAACACUCUUGGCGGACUUCUCGCAAGAAUUUAUCGUAAUCAGAUAUCGGCUAUGGCUUACAACUACAUUUUUCUCAUUCUUUAUGUGAGUUCAAUCAUUAAUUCAAUACUUAGGAAAAACAUCGAUUUCAGACCUUCCCAUUCGCGGCAGCAUUAACGCCAGCAUUUAUCCUGCUCGCCUCCUGGCAUAUAAAAAGGCAGAGGAAAAGAGUCAUACGCGACUUGACCGAGGCUCGAGAUACGAUGGGCUCGCGGAUGCACGAGCUCAGCGAUAUGUGGACCAAAUCCUACGAGGAGAAAAAAAGCUCAGGAUCUAGAGCUAGAGUUCACCCGAAAUCUUGA